ACCUAUAAAAACAACUAAGCGCGAGUCUACCCGAAUCCAUUUCCCUCUCUGUUGCGUGUGCGUUUUCAACAAACUUUGAGCGCCCCUCGCAGCCUCGCCUCCACCUGGGUUUCCCUCGCUUCCUACCUCCGCUCCCCCCAGGCUAAGGAUGGAGGAUCCCUUCAGCCCCUCAACUUUCUCGCUGGCGCCCAACGUCUCCGUACCCGUCUUUCCCGGCUGGGGUCUCAACUUCACUUCGGAACAGGGAGCCCCGGCCCCGGGGCCGCCGCCGCCGCCUCCGCCGCCUCCCGGACCGCCCGGCCGCCGCGUCCGCCUGGUCUUCCUGGGGGUCAUCUUGGUGGUGGCGGUGGCCGGCAACAGCACUGUGCUGUGCCGCCUGUGCGGGGGUGCCGGGCCGUGGGCGGGCCCCAAGCGUCGCAAGAUGGACUUCCUGCUCGUGCAGCUGGCCCUCGCUGACCUGUACGCGUGCGGAGGCACCGCGCUGUCGCAGCUGGCCUGGGAGCUGCUGGGAGAGCCGCGCCGGGCGGCGGGAGACCUGUCGUGCCGCUUCGUGCAGCUGCUGCAGGCGUCCGGCCGAGGCGCCUCGGCCCACCUCGUGGUACUCAUUGCCCUCGAACGCCAGCGCACCGUGCGCCGGCCGCAGGGCCCGCCGCUGCCAGCGCGCGCCCUCGCCGCCCUGGGCUGGCUGCUGGCGCUGCUGCUGGCGCUGCCCCCCGCCUUCGUGGUGCGCGGGGGCGCCCCCUCGCCGCCACCCGCCGCGCCCUCGGCCCCCCGCGCUUGGCCCGGGGAGCGUCGCUGCCGUGACAUCUUUGCGCCUCUGCCGCGCUGGCACCUGCAGGUCUAUGCGCUUUACGAGGCCGUCGCGGGCUUCGUGGCGCCGGUCGCGGUCAUGGGCGUAGCUUGCAGCCGCCUGCUCUGCGCCUGGUGGCAGCGCCCGCCCCAGGCCCCGCCGCCUUCAGCGCCCUGGUGGGCGAGUCCCGGCCGAGCCCCUGCGCCCAGCGCGCUGCCCCGCGCUAAGGUACAGAGUCUGAAGAUGAGCCUGGCGCUGGCGCUGCUGUUCGUGAGCUGCGAGCUUCCCUACUUCGCUGCCCGGCUGGCGGCCGUGUGGUCGUCGGGACAGGUGGGAGACUGGGAGGCCGAGGAAGUGGCGGCCGCGCUGCACCUCGUGGGAGUGGCCAACAGCGCUCUCGAUCCCUUCGUUUACCUCUUCUUCCAGGCAGGCGACUGCCGGCUCCUGCGGCGGCUGCGGAGGCGCCUGGGCGCAGUCUGCUGUUCGUGGGAGGGAACAGCGGAGGACGAUGAGGGGACGGGGGGCCACCAAGCGCUUCACCGCCACCGCUGGCCCCACCCCCAUUAUCACCACGCUAGACGCGAGCAGCCAGAAGAGGGCUGCUGGCGCCCACCUCCGCCUCGCCCCCGGCCGCUGCCCUGCUCCUGCGAAAGCGCUUUCUAG